AUGCAGCUUCCGAUUUUAUAUGUGGUCGUGGGUGUGGUAAUUGCUAGCCAUGUCCACGGAAUGGAGGAUGCCGGCAACAGCCGCCCUUCUGAACCAGGUGCUGGAACUGGAGGUACUCUUUUUCAAAACGAACCCAGUGUCAGCGAGCCUAAUAUCGCGAAGGCAACAGUAGACAUCUCGGUAAACUCAGCCGGAACCACGACAUCGGAUGAUUUGGUACAUGAAGGAGUAAAAAAGGACGAUACUGCAGCUCCGAGGCUUGUCAGCCACACAGCAGUUCAGAAGAGUCGGCCAGGGGGCGCCCGUUCAUGGUUGAGAAAACGAUGGGUUUACGCUGCUGGCGUCGCUGCAAUUACUCUACUGGGGGCAUAUGCAUUCAGGAAAGCUCGUGAGCGACGGCGCAACAACAGGCGAACUCUCGCAAUGGCUGCAAGUUACUUGCGGGCGCGGGCGGAGGCAUCUGGCAGGAUCGCGCAAACGCUUCAGAAGAAGGAACGAGCUGCUAGUUGGUUCAUCCCGAAUGCCAGGAACGCAGUGAUGGCCUCCGUGAACACACCACGGCACGAGCACGAGAAGGAAAUGAGAGAAGGGUUAGAAAUGAUCGUCGGAAUGCUGGAGAGUCAGCGGAAUGUGGCUUCUACUAUACACAGAGAUUUAAGUAAUGCAAGCAAUAUCAUCGCCAGAGAAUCUACGAAACUGGGCAAAUAUCCUUUGACUGAAGAGGAAGAAGCAGACGCCGUUGAACGUGGACGCAUAGCCGAAGCAGAAGAUUUCUUGAAUCGUUUCCUCGCAGAACGUGAUCGGUUGCGAACAACCCUAACACCGAACCUGGUCAGGUUGGAGAGUGAAUUGGCGGAAGCGGAACGUCGCUCGUCCCCAACAUGGAACCUUUUAGCCGACCAGCUAGUCGAGGCUGGGAAGGGCAGGACGGCCAAAAGGCUGCAGAGUUAUGUGGGGGAGGUGGUCUCCGACCUACCGUCAACUGUGGGUAUGAGCACCGCUGACUUUCGAGCGCACGUCAGUGAGUUGGGGGGACAGGAACCGCAGUACGUCGUCUUGGCCAAAGAAAAACUGAACCAACUGCGAACGCCACCAGUUUCUGAUAGCGAUCCUCAUUAG